CAUAUAUAUGUGUGUGUGUGUGUCGUAUGUGAGAAAGUGACGAAUUACUUUUCAUCAAAUGGAAAAUAAUUUAGUUUGAAAGCACGUAUAAAUUUCAAUAGGCGAUCACAAAAAAAUAGAAAAAAUAAAAAAAAAUAUAAAAAACUUGUGCAAACAUAGCAUUAUAUUAAGAAACGCAUAACUAGCGCUAAAAAACAAUCAAAAUGGCCGAAGGCGGUAGUAAGCGCAUCAACGUGGUAGUUAAAACGCCAAAGGACAAGAAAACUGUUGAAGUCGAUGAAGAUUCUGGAAUAAAAGAUUUCAAAAUUUUGGUGGCACAAAAAUUUGAGGCCGAACCCGAACAAUUGGUGCUAAUUUUUGCGGGCAAAAUCAUGAAGGACACCGACACGUUGAAAAUGCACAACAUCAAGGACAAUCUGACAGUGCAUUUGGUGAUAAAGGCCCCAACGCGCACCAACGAGACACCGGCACGUGCGCCGGCCGAUGUGCGCCAAACACCGUUUGGCCUUAAUCAGUUUGGCGGCCUGGCCGGCAUGGAGGCACUUGGAGCCGGUUCGAAUACGUUUAUGGAUCUGCAGGCCCGUAUGCAGAAUGAGCUACUAAAUAAUGGAGAUAUGUUGCGUUCGCUGAUGGAUAAUCCGUUGGUGCAGCAAAUGAUGAACAAUCCGGAGACAAUGCGCCAGUUGAUAACAUCAAAUCCUCAAAUGCAGGAUCUGAUGCAACGCAAUCCGGAGAUAUCACAUAUGCUAAACAAUCCGGAUUUGUUGCGUCAAACUAUGGAGCUGGCACGCAAUCCAUCCAUGCUCCAGGAGCUGAUGCGUUCGCAUGAUCGUGCCAUGUCCAAUCUGGAAUCGGUUCCGGGCGGCUACAGUGCCCUGCAGCGCAUCUAUCGUGAUAUACAGGAGCCAAUGAUGAAUGCGGCCACCGAAUCCUUUGGUCGCAAUCCGUUUGCUGGCCUCGUCGAGGGCGGCGGCGGCGGAGCAACGGCUGGCGUUAAUCCACAGCAGGGCACCGAGAAUCGUAAUCCGUUGCCAAAUCCGUGGGGUGGCUCCGGUAAUCGUUCCGGCAACAAUACCCAAAGCAACAAUACUGGCCCAAAUAAUCGCACCGGCGAUCAGCCGCCCAACAAUGUACUCAACACACCGGCCAUGCGCAGUCUGCUCCAACAGAUGGCUGAUAAUCCGGCACUGAUGCAGAAUCUGCUGAAUGCGCCUUAUACGCGCUCCAUGAUGGAGUCCAUGUCGCAGGAUCCGGAUAUGGCGUCACGCCUGCUGAGCAGCAGCCCGCUGCUAUCGAACAAUCCACAGCUGCAGGAUCAAGUGCGUCAAAUGAUGCCACAGUUUAUGGCACAAAUGCAGAAUCCGGAUGUCAUGAAUAUGCUAACCAAUCCGGAGGCGAUCAAUGCCAUAUUACAAAUCCAACAGGGCAUGGAACAGCUGCGCACCGCUGCACCCAAUCUGGUCGGCACACUGGGUAUACCACCACCACCGCCGGGCGUCAACAAUGUUGCCGAUCCGGCCAGCGGCGAUGGCACCGCCGCCACAGCUGCCACCACCAACAAUGCCACGCCCAAUAAUAUAGCUGCACCGAAUUCGAAUGCCACGAACGCAGCGACGCCAACUUUGGCGCCCGGCGGCGGACCAAAUGCGCAGCUCUUCAACGAUUUCAUGAUGCGCAUGCUCAACGGCAUUUCAAACAAUGCGGACAGCACGCAGCCGCCGGAGGUGCGCUAUCAAUCGCAGCUGGAGCAGCUGGCCGCCAUGGGUUUUGUUAAUCGCGAGGCCAAUUUGCAGGCGCUAAUUGCCACGUUCGGAGAUAUUAAUGCGGCCGUGGAACGCCUGUUGUCGCUGAAUCAGUUGUCCCUGAGUUAACACUGUUAAGGCGCACGCCUUACGUACACGCCAAACGCAAAUAUCGUCUAUAUAUAUAUAUAUAUAUACAUAUAUAUACGUUUAUAUAUAUACAUGCAUGCUAUGUGUACAUGUAUAUAUAUGCGUAUACAAAAUAUUAACUGCUCUAUCGCAAUUGUUAAACCUGAUGCACAUGCGCCCCGCCCCAAAAACCAAAUCAAACCAAACCCCAAUCGGGGCGCUUGGCUCAGUCGAAAAGUCAACGCUGCUGUUUGCUGAUAAACCUUGACACACACACACAGAGACACACAAACACACACAUAUACACACCUAGCGUAAGCGGAGCAGAUGAAGAAAAUUCGCCUGGAAGCCUAUAAACUACACUCACACACACACAC